AUGGUUCGCCUAAGUUUCGUACUGGCGAGCACCCUCACCGCGCUCAGCGGCUUCGCCGACGCCAGCUCCGCUGUCAUCGACCUCAUCCCUAAGAACUUCGACAAUGUCGUCCUGAAGUCCGGCAAGCCCGCGCUUGUUGAGUUCUUCGCCCCUUGGUGCGGUCAUUGCAAGACUCUCGCCCCUGUCUACGAGGAGCUUGCUGGUGUCUUUGCUUUCGCCGAGGAUAAGGUCACCAUCGGCAAGGUCGACGCUGAUGCGAACCGCGACCUGGGCAAGCGUUUCGGCAUUCAGGGCUUCCCCACAAUCAAGUACUUUGAUGGCAAGAGUGACAAGCCGGAGGAGUACAAGGGUGGCCGUGAUCUCGAGAGCUUGUCUGCUUUCAUCACCGAGAAGACUGGCAUUAAGCCCCGUGCCGCGCAGAAGGAGGUCAGCAAGGUUGAGUUCCUGAACGACGCCUCUUUCAAGACCGUUGUCGGUGGUGACAAGGAUGUACUGGUUGCUUUUACUGCGCCGUGGUGCGGACACUGCAAGACCCUUGCUCCCAUCUGGGAAACCCUCGCCAACGACUUCGCCCUCGAGAACAACAUCGUGAUCGCCAAGGUCGACGCCGAGGCUGAGAAUGCUAAGGCCCUGGCCCAGGAGCAGGGUGUGACCGGCUACCCUACCAUCAAGUUCUUCCCCAAGGGCUCCACCGAGCCCGAGGCCUACGCCGGCGCCCGCACCGAGCAGGCCUUUGUUGACUUCCUGAACAGCAAGACCGGCUCCAGCCGCUCUGUCGGCGGUGGUCUGAACAGCAAGGCUGGCACCGUCGAAGUGCUGGACAAGCUGGUUGCUGAGUAUGUGCCUGCGCAGAAGUUCGAAAAGCUCGCUGCCGAGAUCAAGAAGAAUGCCAAGGGCCUGCAGGACAAGUAUGCCGAGUACUACAUCAAGGUUGCCAACAAGCUGAGCGAGAACGGCGAGUAUGCCUCGAAGGAGCUCGCUCGUCUUAUCAAGAUUCUGAAGAAGGGUGGCUCUGCUCCUGAGAAGCUUGAUGACAUUGUCUCCCGCAGCAACAUCCUCCGUGGCUUUGCUGGGGAGACCGAGGAACCUAUGAAGGAUGAGCUGUAA